AUGGCCGAUGACAUAACUAAUGACAAUACUUUAUCAAGACGAGGCCGAGGGCGACUCAGAGGUGUGAGGGUUUCUCAAGGUGCAGUAACCACGAGUCCGCGUGCUCGUGGAAGAGGAAGAGGGAGGGCGUCACCGGAUAACCCAAUAUCGCGAGGGAGAGGUGUCGUUGGAGGAGUUAAUUCUCCAGGUAGAUCUUUAUCACCCGAUCUUUCUGUUUCGGGACCUGAGGCUAUGGAUCUGGAAAGCCGGCCAGCAACCCCUCAAACAAGUAGAGCUCCCUCUCCAACACCAUCUCUUGCUUCGGUGUCUAGUGGCAUUAGGCGUUUGGGCUCAUUACAGCCAGAAUUACCACCUCCUGGAAGGUUGGCAUCGGUCAGGACAACACCAACCGGACACUAUUUUUUACCGACUUCUUCUAAAGUGACACUUCGUGGUACUCGGAGAAUGACUUUCGUGCCCACGGUGCCUUUGGCUCAUAGGCGCCCGCAGCCAACGAUAACCUCGGAUUCGAUUGUCCCAGAUUAUUUCGAUAAUCUUCACAACGAUAGUCCAUUGGGGGACAAUGGUAGCGGUCCCGUUUCAACACGAGGCAGAGGUACUUUUCAUUCAGUGAUUUUCUGGGAGUUGAUCAUCUUGUCGGAUGAAAUAUAUUUAUCUAUUUUAGGAUCGCGGGGUCGUGGGAGAUUUACGUCGGAUUUGGUGGCGUCUGGACCAUUUGCUUAUGGCUCAUCAAGUUAUCAACCCUUGGGCGCGAACAAUAAUGGCAGUGAAUUUGGUCAACCAAUCGUCGAAGAAAAGAAAAAUAGAUCGGAUCUUGCGGCAGAUUUCGAGUCAUUUCGGGACGAUCCAUGGGCCCCAGACAUGCUUUACACUUAUGACAAUGAAAAGGAUGACAAUGCCUCUGGUGUCUUAGAAGUGACAAUUAACAAAGGAAAAACUUUAUUUUUAGAGGAUGAAGAUGAUUUUAAUGGAAAAGAAGGUCCCCUACCUAAUGGUUGGGCAGCUGACGGCGAUCAGACAAUAGAAUUCGAUGAAAUAUUUGAGCAAUUCACGCAGCAUCCAUUGCCGACGGCCAGCAAGGAUGUUAUUACCGAAAAAUCAAAAGGCAAAACAACGGACAAGGUUAAAAUCACGGCAGAAAAGAUCAAGGGAAAGGAAAAGGAGGUAGACGAUAAUGUGGAUGUCGCCAAGGAUGACGAUAGUCCAGAAGGGAAAAUAGGGAAACUGGUUGUUCGCAGGUCUGGUAGGAUACAAAUGUUAAUCGGGGAUUUGGUAUUUGAUAGAAUGCAGUUGUAG